GAGUAAGAACAUUGGAGUUUCCUCAAAUUGGGUUGCCAUAAUCGCUCGCUGCUGCAUUGUUUCGGAGCUGCCGAAGAACAUUGUUGUUCUCUCCCCCUUUCAUGGCCUUACUUCUCUCUCUCUGCGUUCCAUUCUUCUCUACCAUUUAAUUCAAUACAAAACACACACAAUCUUAUUUAUAUAUUCCUUUCAUAUUUGGUGUUCCACACUUGCUUCUUCUUCUUCUUCUUCUUCUUCUUCUUCUUCUUUGUUAAAUGGCGAAUGCAUCUGGGUUGUUCACCCCUUCGGUUCCCCACUUCAGAGUCAGGGUUCGUCCUCUCUCCGCCAUUGGAUUCUCCGCCAAAGUUGUUUGCUUUGGAAACAUCGAGGGAGCUGAAAAACACGCUUCCACCGUUUCCCCUUCCCAAUCUCCGAUACCCAGGCUUGUCAGCAAAGGGUGCAAGUUAGUUGGAUGUGGCUCUGCUGUGCCAGCUCUUCAGAUUUCUAAUGACGACCUCUCCAAAAUGGUUGAAACUAAUGAUGAAUGGAUAUCUGUUCGCACCGGGAUUCGUAGACGGCGAGUUCUCUCAGGCAGAGAUAACUUGACAACUUUAGCAGUAGAGGCAGCUAGGAAAGCACUUGAGAUGGCAAAGGUAGAGCCUGAUGAUCUUGACCUAAUUUUGAUGUGCACAUCUACUCCGGAGGAUCUUUUUGGUAGUGCUCCACAGAUUCAAAAACAACUUGGCUGCAAAAGAAAUCCAUUGUCUUAUGAUAUUACAGCUGCAUGCAGUGGAUUUGUGUUGGGUUUAAUAUCAGCUGCUUGUCACAUUAGGGGAGGUGGAUUUAAUAAUGUUCUAGUUAUUGGGGCAGAUGCUCUUUCACGAUAUGUAGAUUGGACAGACAGAGGGACCUGUAUUCUUUUUGGGGAUGCUGCUGGUGCUGUACUAGUACAGUCCUGCAACAGUGAGGAAGAUGGUUUAUUUGGUUUUGAUUUGCAUAGUGAUGGCAGUGGUCAAAGGCACUUGAAUGCUGCCAUUAAAGAAAACGAGUCAAAUAAUGCAUUGGAUUCAAAUGGUUCUGUGCUUGGCUUUCCUCCCAAGCAGUCCUCAUAUUCAUGCAUUCAAAUGAAUGGCAAAGAAGUCUUUCGCUUUGCUGUACGAUGUGUACCUCAAUCAAUUGAAUCUUCCCUUGAAAAGGCUGGCCUCCCUGCAUCUAGCAUUGAUUGGCUACUUCUCCAUCAGGCAAACCAGAGGAUUAUUGAUGCAGUUGCCACUCGGUUAGAACUCCCCUCAGAACGGGUCAUAUCAAAUUUGGCUAAUUAUGGUAACACAAGUGCAGCUUCCAUUCCCUUGGCUCUAGAUGAAGCAGUUCGAAGCGGUAAGAUUAAGGCAGGUCAGACUAUUGCAACUGCCGGCUUUGGCGCCGGUCUUACUUGGGGUUCAGCGAUUGUUCGCUGGGGCUGAAUGCUUUUCUAUCAUAGCAAAAUUGCAAAUAGAGAAGAAUUUCAUUUGCAAGUGCAGCAGCUGUGUCCAAAUACCCCACCUUACACAUUUGUAGAAAAUGGGGUUUGGGGAAUUUGCAAAAGGAUAGAUAUCAAUAACACAUCCAGCACUCCCUGAACUUGUCCCUAUCUUUUUUUCUUCAGUUUACAUUCUCCUUGGGCGUCUUUUCUCAAGUACCAAAUUUUCUUUUUCCGAGGCAUGUAUUUGUUAUCAUUCAGAUUUAUUUUAAACGAGGCUUACUAUUUAUGUUUCUCAAUGGUACUUGUAAUUAUAAAUGCAACAUGGCAAGUGUUUGCUUGCUUGUACUUUAAAAUACCUUGUCAACAUCAAGAGCACUUUAUGUUAGGUAUCUGUUUUGAUCUAAUAUAUUGAAAUUUGAAGCA